AUGUCCCCUCCCACUGACCUCCCAAUUCCCACCGAUAACGCGGAAAUCUUCACAGAACCUCCUCCCCCUGAUCCCCCCGACACUACUGCUCCAGAAUCAACGACAACCGCCACCGAUCCACAAGACACCACCGAGCUCUCCAAAAACGCACGCAAGCGCCAAUUGAAAGCCAAGCGCUGGGAAGAGACCCGCGAAGCUUGGAAAGCCGCCAAGCGUGAGAAGAAGAAAGCACGUAGGGCCGCGGAGCGUGCGAAGGCCAAAGCUGCCGCUGAAACAGCACAAGAAAGUGGAGGGGAAUUGUUGAAGCAGAGGGAUAAUGCGAGUGGCGAUGGAAAUAAAAACAACGGCUCCAUGAAUAGGAGGAGGCCGGUGCUGGAACCUAUUAGUUUGAUUAUGGAUUGCGGGUUUGAUGAAUUGAUGAGUGAUAAGGAGAUAACAUCCCUCUCCAGUCAACUAACCCGCAGCUAUAGCAUAAACCGCACAUCCCCACGCCAAGUAACCCUCCACCUAACCAGCCUGAACAAGCGCCUCCUAACGCGCUACCAAACUAUCCUCUCGAACCAGCACCUUCGCUGGAAAAAUGUCAUUGUGUCCUCCGAGCCGUACGAGGUGACUUCAGACCUGGUAUACCUAACCGCCGACUCACCCAACACCAUCACCGAACUCGAGAACGGUAAGAAGUACAUUGUCGGCGCCAUCGUAGACAAGAAUCGGUACAAGGGCCUCUGCCACAAGAAGGCGGUGGCGCAGGGCGUCGCGACGGCGAAAUUGCCGAUUGGGGAGUACGUUAGCAUGGCGAGUAGGUUCGUCUUGACGACGAAUCAGGUUGUGGAGAUUAUGAUUCGCUGGCUGGAAUAUAGGGAUUGGGAGAGGGCAUUUUUGGAGGUUAUUCCUAGGAGGAAGAUACCUGUUGCUAAGGGUGGGGGUGAGGGUGGGGAAGGGGAAGAGGGAGGGGAGCAGGAAGGGGAACAGGAAGGGGAGCAGGGAGGGGAGCAGGGAGGGGAGCAGGGAGGGGAGCAGGGAGGGGAGCAGGGAGGGGAGCAGGUGGGGGAUGAAUGGAUGCCUGCUGAAGAUGGGUGCAACUCACCAGCACCCGCGAACAAUCUUGACAGGGUAGAAGAUGAGAUGGGCGAAAUAGAGGAUGCUAUGCUCAUCGAUAGCGGGCCAAAUCCACAACAGGAGAGUACAAUCUCCGGACAGGCUCCAGGAGCAGGAGAUAAGCCCAUAUGAUCCCAUCUUUCCUCCUUCCUUCCUACCUCAACAUAUCUAAUCCUCCACUCCCGGAAAACAUACCUUAUCCAAACCCCCAAAAUUGUACAAUAGACUAGCCGCCUCUCAUCCAGCUUAUCCAUCAUAGCAUAAGGCGUAAAUGCU